AUGCAUAAAUAUCCUGAAGCUGCCAAAGCUGUCUUGUCAGACUGUUAUGUUGAUGAUGUCAUCUCUGGUUCAUCAAACUUAGAUUCAGCAAGGGAAUUGAAAAAUCAGCUUAUACAGCUUUUUCAUAGUUGUGGAAUGACUUUGCACAAAUGGAACUCUAAUUCUCCUGAACUGUUGGAUAGCCCUUCUACAAGCUCUGAGCUUUCAUUCUCCUCCAAAAGUGAUAAUGUGGUUAAAGCUUUAGGACUGAUUGGUCCGGUAAUCACCAAAGCCAAGAUAUUUUUACAGAAAUUAUGGGUUCAAAAACUGAGUUGGGAUGAACCACUUUUUGCAACUAUUGCUCACGAAUGGCAACAGAUAGUUUCAAAUUUAAAGACUGUGGAAAACAUAAAAAUUAAUCGUUGCAUCCUCUCCAAUCAUCCAAGCAAGAUUUCACUCAUUGGAUAUGCAGAUGCUUCGGAAGCCGCUUAUGGUGCAGUUGUCUACUUGAUUUGUGUCGAUGAAGAUCACGGCUCGUCAUCUCAUCUACUAGCCAGCAAAUCUCGUGUGGCUCCAUUGAAAACUUUAUCUAUUCCAAGAUUGGAACUUUGUGCAUGUUUGUUAUUGGCUCAUCUGAUUUCGAAAGUUAGCAACUCAUUGAAGAUGCAUUUAGAUGACAUCAUUCUGUGCACUGAUUCAACGAUAGCACUGUCAUGGUUGAAGACUUCUCCUCAUCUUUUGAAGACCUUUGUUGCAAAUAGAGUCUCCAAAAUCCAAAGACUAGUAGAGCCGCGACACUGGAAGCACGUAUCAUCAGCAAAUAAUCCGGCAGAUCUGAUUUCUCGUGGUGCUUAUCCUCAUGAACUUGUGACAUCUUCCUUGUGGUGGAAUGGUCCUGAACAGAACGAACUUAGUGAUGCUUCUUUAUUUGAACUUGACAAGACUCUCAUAGAUUCUCCUGCUUAUCAGGAUGAACUUAAAAAACCUUUAGACGUUAAUUUGAACUGCAAUUUAAACUUGUUUCUGUCCAAUCUGAAAGGUCCAGUGAAGAAAACAGGCCCCAUUAGUAGCACUGAAUAUCAAGAUACGGAAAUGCACUUGAUAAAAAUGGUUCAGGUAAUAGAAUUUGCAGAGGAGAUUAAAUCACUUCAAGAUCAGAGAGUAAUCAAAAGUCAGUUGGAGAAGUAG